GGGAGGUGGUGGCAAGGGCAAGAUGGCGGAGCUGCGGGCCCUGGUGGGCGUCAAGCGGGUCAUCGAUUACGCUGUGAAGAUCCGGGUGAAGCCGGACCGAUCGGGCGUCGUGACGGAUGGCGUCAAACACUCCAUGAAUCCCUUCUGUGAGAUCGCCGUGGAGGAGGCCGUGCGGCUCAAGGAGAAGAAGUUGGUGAAGGAAGUGAUCGCGGUUAGCUGCGGUCCCCAGCAGUGCCAGGAGACACUGCGCACAGCCCUGGCCAUGGGAGCCGACCGAGGGAUCCACGUGGAGGUGGCGGCCGCUGAAGCCGAGCGACUGGGGCCCCUCCAGGUGUCGCGGGUCUUGGCGGCCCUAGUCAAGCGGGAGAAGGUUGAUCUUGUGCUUCUGGGCAAGCAGGCCAUCGAUGAUGACUGUAACCAGACGGGACAGAUGACGGCUGCCAUGCUGGACUGGCCCCAGGGCACAUUUGCGUCAAUGCUGACCCUGGAGGGGUCGGCAGUGAAGGUGGAGCGGGAGGUGGACGGGGGCCUGGAAACCGUGCGGCUCAAGCUACCCGCCGUGGUGACCGCCGACCUCCGCCUCAAUGAGCCACGCUACGCCACCCUGCCCAAUAUCAUGAAAGCAAAGAAGAAGAAGAUCGAGGUGGUGACGCCACAGGGUCUGGGCGUAGACACGAGCUCGCGGCUGACGGUGCUGAGCGUGGAGGAGCCGGCUCAGCGCACGGCGGGAGUCACCGUGGCCACCGUGGAGGAGCUGGUGGCCAAAUUGAAAGAAGCCGGACGCGUCUGAGCCCUCAGGCCCGCACCUCCUCUUCCCCAGUCACCCAAUAAAGUUUCUAGGGCAAACCCUC